GAGGUAACUAGAAUGAACAUGUCAGUACUUUGACACGUGAAAAGACGCGUAAACUCACCUCGAUCUGUGUACGUGAGCUGAUGGUGCUGUUCGCGUCGCCGCAACACUCCCCCGCGAAACCUACGGCACGCCAAACGAACCAGUCUCACCAUAUACCAAACAUCAACACACCUCGACCGCGACUAGUUCGAUCUUAAUUCACCCAAACCGGUUCCGAUAUCCAAACGCCUCGCUUUCACUGUCGGCCAAUAUGUCCCGACCUACCACAACCAUGGACUCCUCCCUUCGCCCUACACGUCCACCACCCACCUCCCGUCGCAACCUCUUCCACGCCUCGUCCCGGCGUCCCCACCCCACCGUUCGCGCCGACACAUCAAACAUAUUCCAGCAACCAAUGGAAGACGAGCUCGUCGAGCGUCUGCCGAGUGGCGACUACACCGUUUAUGCGCCGCAGACUGCGUAUGCGCAUAUGGCCAUGGCCGGGAAUGAGAAUGAGGGCGAUGAGGCCGAGCAUGACAACCAGAUGAUCGAGCUGUAUGGGCAGAAGAAUCCGCAUUGGGAUGCUAAGGCUGUGGAGGACGAGAUUCGGGCUGCGUUGAAGAGGAGUUUGAGGGAGAAGGUGGCUAGUCUGGAGGACGAUGGGUGGAUGUUUCAGGGGGAGAAGGAGAAGAAAUGAACAUGUGGAGAUAUGUCAGAGUCGUUGGUGACGAAGUGCUAAUUCUGGUUUUAUGAUACCCCGUUGGCUUGCAUGGAGUAGUAUUGAUACCGUCACGAGGAUUUGGGUUGAAAGGGACGUGUUCUGAGUCUUCUUUCUUGAGUUUACUAGUUUCAUUGACGACUCAGAAUUCAGUUGUUAGCAGCACAUCUUCCUGUUUGCUAUAUUGCAACUCGCUGGGACAUUGAACGUAAUGUGACAUAUUUGGCGACUAGAAUUUGAUUUAAGAUGUGUUUUGGAAGGGA